AUGGAAACCCAGCUUGUGCUGUCAGAAAGCCCAGAAGAGGAUGAAGAAAACCCAGUGAAAAAUCCAUUUACAAUUCCUCCAGAUAUUGAUAUUUUCUCAAUAAGGGACAAGGAAAGAAAAAAGGCUAAGGCGGAACGUGAAAGGAUGAAGACCAUGAAAAUCCAUGAGAAAAUUACUUACUCCACUAAAAUAAAAGCAAAGCAAAAAGGGCUCAGGAAAGCUCUGCAAAAGGAGGAAGAAGAGGAAAGCAGAAAACAGGCAACAAAUGAAGAGAGACUGAAAACUCUUCAGGAGGGUCUUUCACGGAAGAUAGCCAUUAAAAAAGAUUACCCGUUAGAAAAGGAGACCUUCCGUGACUACAUAAAUGACAGAAGAGAGGUAUUUUUACUUGAGUAUGCCAUGGCAGUAAAGCGAGAUGAGAUUCAAAGGAUGGAGAACAUAGCAAAGAACGAGGAAAGAAAAUUGGAAAAGGCUGAAUACUACCUGCAGAAGGAUGCUGCCGUGUUUGAUGAGUUCCUGAAGGAGAACCAUAAAAACUCUGUUCAAGCCCUGAAAAUUGCCGAAAAAGAAACUGCAGCAAAGACAAAGAAAAUAACGGAGAUCCAGGCAAUCACUUCCCAAAUAGAGAACCUCCAAAGUGACAUAUCCAGAUUCAAGAAUACUCUGCAGGAGUACAAGAUGUACAGGGACUUCCUCUAUCAACUAUCUCCAAAAGAGUGGCAGGAGGAACAUGAAAAAAAGCACACAAUGAAAAAGGAUUUGAAAACAGCAUCCAAAGCUAAUGAAGAAAGUGCCUCGCCUCCCACCACCACAGAGCACAGCCAGGGUCUGGCAGCCAGGACAAACGCUGCCAGUCCCUAUAGUACCCGUUAUAUAGAUGUGCCAAGUUCCCUGCGGUCUUCAAAAAGUUUGGAUUUCAGGUCAUUACAUGAGAUCAGGCCACAGCUCAAAAACUUCCUGAAGCCUCUAUCAACAAGAAAACUAAGUUCCUUGGAGGAUGCAGAAAGCGAAACCUGCUCGGACGACGAUGAGGAGCCUGAGUUGUAUUUUACUGAUCCCCAACAACUGCUGUCUAUUUUCACGGAGAUGGAGGAAGAGAACUUGUCCUUCAUGCAGAAUUCCCAAGAGAUCGAGGAAAGUUUGGACAAGAUCCAACACACUUUCAUCACCACACAUGAAAGCAUGGAGAAGAAGUUAGCAGAGCUGAAACAGCAGGUAGUCACCCUCAAAUCCUCCAUCGCCAAGGAAGAAAAAAGAGCAGCAGAUCUGAAGCUCAAAGUUCACCUCUUUUCCUCUGGAGAAUACAAAGCUGAUGACCAGGACAAAAUGCUCACAAGCCUGAACAAGAAGGUGCUGGAAGUCUAUUGCCACUGCACUGGAGAAAAUGAGGCAAACCUGCAGACAGUGCAGAUGCUAACGGUGAUAGAAAAACAGCUCAAUGAUUUACUGGACAACCUGGAGAAAAUCCCACCAGCAAAGAUAGAACAGGCUGAGAAAGCCAAAAAAAAGGAACGGAGGAUAAGGCUCAGAGAGGAAAAGCUGAGACAACAGAAGCAACAGCAGGAGGAAAGACUGCAAAGGGCCCUGGAAAGAUCACAGGCAACUAUAAAAGAAAAUAGCGGCAGGAGGCUGGUGUUUCGUUCCAACCCACCUGCCAGGAAGGAGAAGAAAAAGCACAGCCAAGAGCAGACGGAUAAGGAGAAGGAAGAACAAUUCUAUUAUUUUACUUGA